UGUCUCCUGACCCUAUCGGUUUCACUGGGAAGACUUCCGGUUGUGUGUCAUGGCGGCAUGGUAAAGCUUGCUCAAAGGGAAAAAUAACCAACCCGUACUGUCUUUUUUAGACAGCGGUUUGGGGAUUUAUUUCGGGCUUAACAUCGCCACGAACGUCCACAUUCGUAUUGGGAAUUGCAAGCACUCAUUAGCGGUCUCCAUCCGCUCGGCCAUGGCGGCACAUAAACCAGUGGAAUGGGUUCAGGCCGUGAUAAAUAGAUUCGACGAGCAGCUUCCCGUUAAAACAGGACAUCAGAACAACCACACCAAAGUCAGCACAGAGCACAACAAGGAAUGUCUCAUCAACAUCUCUAAGUACAAGUUCUCCCUCGUCAUCAGUGGCCUCACGAACAUACUAAAAAAUGUGAACAACAUGCGUAUAUUUGGGGAAGCUGCUGAGAAGAACCUCUACCUCUCCCAGCUAAUUAUCCUGGACACACUGGAGAAGUGCCUAGCAUCGCAAUCCAAGGACUGCCUACGUCUGGAUGAGACCAUGCUGGUGAAGCAGCUGCUGCCUGAGAUCUGUCACUUCAUCCACACGUACCGCGAGGGCCACCAGCACGCUGCUGAGCUCCGUGCCUCCGCCUCAGGGGUCCUCUUCUCCCUCAGCUGCAACAACUUCAACGCCGUCUUCAGCCGCAUCUCCACCAGGUUGCAGGAGCUGACAGUCUGUUCAGAAGACACUGUGGAUGUCCAUGAUAUAGAGCUCAUGCAGUACAUCAAUGUGGACUGCUUCAAACUUAAAAGACUGCUCCAAGAAACGGUAUUCAAAUUCAAAGCCCUGAAGAAACCUGCCCAACUUGCUGUCAUUAACAGUUUGGAAAAGGCCUUUUGGAACUGGGUGGAGAACUACCCUGAUGAGUUUACCAUGCUCUACCAGAGACCACAGACAGACAUGGCAGAUGCUGCAGAGAGGCUGUUUGACCUGGUGGACAGCUUUGCUGAGAGUGCCAAGAGGAAGGCAGCAGUGUGGCCUCUACAGAUCAUCCUCCUCAUCCUCUGUCCCGAGAUCACACACGUCAUCUCUCGAGAGGUGGUGGAGGAGAGCAAGGCCAACAAGAAGCUGUUCCUGGAGAGCUUGAGGAAGGCCCUAGCAGGCCAGGGGGGCAGCAAGCAACUAACAGAGAGUGCUGCCAUCGCCUGUGUCAAACUGUGCAAGGCCUCCACCUACAUCAACUUGGAGGACCACUCCGGCAUCUUCCUCCUGGUGCAGUCCUUCGUGGUGGACCUCAAGGCCCUGCUCUUCAGCCCCACCAAGCCCUUCUCUCGCGGGGCAGGCAGCCAGAAUGCAGACGUGGACCUCAUGAUCGACUGCUUCGUCUCCUGUUUCCGUAUCAACCCUCACAACAAUCAGCACUUUAAGGUCUGUUUGGCGUCGUCCUCCCCCUCUACCUUUCACUUUGUUCUGGUCAACUCCCUGCACAGAAUCAUCACCAAUUCUGAUCUGGACUGGUGGUCUAAGAUUGAUGCAGUGUACUGCUACUCUGGAGAGCUGCGACUAAUGUUCUCAGACACUCUGAGCCGAGUGAUGCAAGGCCUUCAUACACACGCCCCACUACGCAUGACAUCGAGUCUGUCAUUUAAAGAGAAGAUGACCACCAGCCUUAAGUUCAAAGAGAGAACCACAGAUCUGGACACACGCAGCUACAAGUGCCUCCUCCUCGUCCUGGUCAAACUCAUCCACGCCGACCCCAAACUCAUGCUGCACAACCCAGGGAAGCAGGCUCAGGAGACUCAGAGCAGCACAGCAGAACUGAUCGCAGGCCUGGUGCAGCUGGUGCCCUUGGCCAACACAGCCCAGCUCUCCCAGGAAGCCAUGGAGGCUCUGCUGGUGCUGCACCUGCCUGAGACCAUUGAGCUGUGGAACCCUGAGGCCCCCAUUGAAACCUUCUGGGACAUCAGCUCCCAGGUUCUCUUCCUGAUAUGUAAGAAGCUGAUUGGUCACCAGAUGGUGAACAGUACAGAGGUGUUGAAGUGGUUGAGGGAGAUCCUUAUCUGCAGGAACAAGUUCCUCCUCAAGAACAAGGAGUGUGCAACGCAGGGCAGUGGAAUCCCCAUCUGCAGACAGGCCCAGACCAAACUGGAGGUGUGUCUAUACAUGUUUCUGUGGAGCCCUGACACCGAGGCCGUGCUGGUGGCCAUGUCCUGCUUCAGACACCUGUGUGAGGAGGCUGACAUCCGCUCUUCCGCUGACGAGGUGCCCGUCCAGACCAUCCUGCCCAACUACGCCACCUUCACAGAGUUCGCCUCCGUCAGCAACAUGAUGGCCACCGGACGCUCCACCCUGCAGAAGAGAGUGAUGGCCUUGUUGAGAAGGAUAGAGCACCCCACUACAGGAAACACUGAGGCAUGGGAGGACACGCUUGCAAAAUGGGAGCAGGACACCAAACAGAUUCUUAACUUCCCCAAAAACAAGGUGGAGGAUGGUCAGGAGUGGAUCAACAUGACAGGCUUCCUGUGUGCUCUGGGCGGGGUGUGUCUGUCUCAGCGCAGCAAGCCCUGUGGCCCCGCCACCUACAGCCCCCCCAUGGGCCCCAUGAGCGAACGUAAGUACUCCAUGGUCUCUGUGGGCUCCUGUGAUGUCUCCAACGCUGGAACCUCAGCCACCUGCUCUUCCUCCACUGAGACCCCCCUGGGCAUGUUCCUGGACCGCCUGCUUGCUCUGCUGGUAUGUGGUCAUGAGAGGGUGGGUCUGCAUGUCCGCACCAAUGUCAAGGAGCUGCUGGGGCUGGAGCUCAGCCCGGUCCUGUACCACAUGCUCUUCAACAAGCUCAGGAACAGCAUCGGACGCUUUUUCGACACACAGGGGCCGGUCCCCAUCAAUGAUACUAACACACAGUUUGUAGAACAGACCAUCGCCAUCAUGAAGAACCUACUGGACAACCAUGCUGAGGGCAGCUCAGAGCACCUGGGACAGGCCAGCAUAGAGACCAUGAUGCUCAACCUGGUCAGGUACGUGCGUAUCCUCGGCAACACGUUGCAUGCCAUCCAGAUGAAGACCAAGCUGUGCCAGUUGGUGGAGGUAAUGAUGGAGAGACGAGACGACCUGUCCUUCUGCCAGGAGAUGAAGUUCAGGAACAAGAUGGUGGAGUACCUGACAGACUGGGUGAUGGGCACCUCCAACCAGGCUGCUGAUGACGAUAUCAAGUGUCUGACCAGAGACCUGGACCAGGCCAGUAUGGAGGCGGUGGUGUCUCUGUUAGCUGGCCUGCCUCUACAACCAGAGGAGGGAGACGGGGUGGAGCUGAUGGAGGCCAAGUCCCAGCUCUUCCUCAAGUACUUUACCCUGUUUAUGAACCUGCUGAAUGAUUGCAGUGAGGUGGAGGAUGAUGGCCAGCCGGUGGUUGGGAGGAAGAGGGGCAUGUCUCGACGCCUGGCCUCCCUCAGACACUGUACUGUCCUGGCCAUGUCCAACCUCCUCAACGCCAAUGUGGACAGCGGACUAAUGCACUCUAUCGGUCUGGGCUACCAUAAGGACCUGCAGACACGGGCCACCUUCAUGGAGGUUCUGACUAAGAUCCUCCAGCAGGGGACAGAGUUUGACACACUGGCAGAGACGGUGCUAGCUGACCGCUUUGAGAGGCUGGUGGAGCUGGUCACCAUGAUGGGAGACCAGGGAGAGCUGCCCAUCGCCAUGGCACUGGCCAAUGUGGUGCCAGGAUCCCAGUGGGACGAGCUGGCCCGUGUGUUGGUGACGCUGUUUGACUCCCGCCACCUGCUGUAUCAGCUGCUGUGGAACAUGUUCUCCAAGGAGGUAGAGCUGGCUGACUCUAUGCAGACUCUGUUCAGAGGCAACAGCCUGGCCAGUAAAAUCAUGACCUUCUGUUUCAAGGUGUACGGGGCGGCGUACCUACAGAAGCUACUUGAGCCUCUACUUAAAGGGGUCGUCACCACCCCAGAGUGGCACAACAUCAGCUUUGAGGUGGACACAACCAGACUAGAACAGUCGGAGAACCUUGAGGAGAACCAGCGGAACCUUCUCCAGAUCACAGACCGGUUCUUCCUGGCCAUUAUCAACUCCUCCAGCGAGUUCCCUCCGCAGCUACGCAGUGUGUGUCACUGUCUCUACCAGGCUACUUGCCACUCUCUACUGACUAAAGCCACAGUUAAAGACAGAAAGGAAAACAAAAAAGCAGUGGUGAGCCAGCGUUUCCCCCAGGACAGUAUUGGGGCGGUGGGCAGUGCCAUGUUCCUGCGCUUCAUCAACCCUGCCAUCGUGUCGCCCUACGAGGCAGGCAUCCUGGAUGAGAAGCCCCCACCCAGGAUAGAGAGAGGACUAAAGCUCAUGUCCAAGAUCCUCCAGAGCAUUGCCAACCAUGUGUUGUUUACCAAAGAGGAGCACAUGAGGCCUUUUAACGACUUUGUGAAAAGCAACUUUGAUGCAGCCAGGCGGUUCUUCUUGGACAUAGCAUCUGACUCUCCUCCAAGUGACUCAGUCAACCACAGCCUGUCCUUCAUCAGUGAUGGCAACGUUCUGGCCCUCCACAGGCUGCUGUGGAACAACCAGGAGAGGAUCGGACAGUACCUCUCUAGCAACAGGGACCACAAGGCAGUGGGCAGGCGGCCGUUUGACAAGAUGGCCACCCUCCUGGCCUACCUGGGGCCACCCGAGCACAAACCUGUGGCCGACACACACUGGUCCAGCCUCAACCUCACCAGCUCCAAGUUUGAAGAGUUUAUGACCAGGCACCAGGUCCAUGAAAAAGAUGAAUUCAAAGCCCUGAAGACCCUCAACGUCUUCUACCAGGCUGGCACCUCCAAGAAUGGCAACCCACUCUUCUACUACAUUGCUCGCAGGUUUAAGACAGGCCAGAUCAACGGAGACCUUCUAAUCUACCAUGUGCUGCUGACCCUGAAGCCUUACUACGCCAAGCCUUACGAGAUCGUAGUGGACCUGACCCACGUGGGGCCCAGCAACCGCUUCAAGACAGACUUCUUGUCCAAGUGGUUUGUGGUGUUCCCGGGCUUUGCCUACGAGAACGUGGUGGUGGUCUAUGUGUACAACUGCAACACGUGGGUGAGGGAGUACACCAAGUACCAUGAGAGGCUGCUGACAGGCCUGAAGGGCAGCAAGCGGGUGCAGUUCAUCGACUCGCCGGUGCGGUUGGUGGAGCAUGUAGAGGCAGAGCAGCAGAAGCUCCCCGCAGCCACGCUAGCCCUGGAGGAGGACCUCAAGGUGUUCCACAAUGCCCUCAAAGUGGCCCACAAGGACACCAAGGUCUCCAUCAAGGUGGGCUCCACGUCCGUCCAGGUGACGUCAGCAGAGCGUACCCGUGUCUUGGGCCAGUCCGUGUUCCUCAACGAUGUGUACUAUGCCUCUGAGGUCGAGGAGAUCUGCCUGGUGGACGAGAGCCAGUUCACCCUGACCAUGGCCAACCAGGGUACACCCCUCACCUUCAUGCACCAGGAGUGUGAGGCCAUUGUCCAGUCCAUCAUCCACAUCAGGACGCGCUGGGAGCUGUCGCAGCCAGACUCAAUCCCCCAGCACACCAAGAUCAGGCCCAAAGACGUGCCGGGCACCUUGCUGAACCUCGCCCUGCUCAAUCUGGGCAGCUCUGACCCCAGCCUCAGGUCUGCAGCCUACAACCUGCUGUGUGCCUUAACCUGCACCUUCAACCUGAAGAUCGAGGGCCAGCUGCUGGAGACCUCAGGCCUGUGUAUCCCUGCCAACAACACCCUUUUUAUAGUCUCCAUCAGCAAGACGCUGGCCGCCAACGAACCCCACCUCACCCUGGAGUUCCUGGAGGAGUGCAUCUCCGGCUUCAGCAAGUCUAGUAUAGAGCUGAAGCACCUGUGUCUAGAGUACAUGACCCCCUGGCUGCUCAACCUGGUGAGGUUCUGUAAGCACAAUGACGACGCCAAACGUCAGCGCGUCAGCGCCAUCUUGGAUAAGCUCAUCACCAUGACCAUCAAUGAGAAGCAGAUGUACCCCUCUAUACAGGCAAAGAUCUGGGGCAGCCUUGGCCAGAUAACGGACCUGCUGGACGUGGUGUUGGACAGCUUCAUCAAGACCAGCGCUACAGGAGGCCUGGGCUCCAUCAAGGCUGAGGUCAUGGCUGACACGGCUGUGGCUCUGGCCUCAGGGAACGUCAAACUGGUCUCCAGCAAGGUGAUUGGCCGGAUGUGUAAGAUCAUCGACAAGACGUGCCUGUCUCCCACGCCCACCCUGGAGCAGCACCUGAUGUGGGAUGACAUUGCCAUCCUGGCCCGUUACAUGCUGAUGUUGUCCUUCAACAACUCUCUGGACGUGGCCACUCACCUGCCCUACCUGUUCCACGUGGUCACUCUGCUGGUGGCCACCGGCCCCCUGUCCCUCCGCGCCUCCACACACGGCCUGGUCAUCAACAUAAUUCACUCUCUCUGCACCUGCUCCCAGCUCAACUUCAGAGAGGAGACCAAGCAGGUCCUGAGGCUGAGCCUGACAGAGUUCUCCCUGCCUAAGUUCUACCUGCUGUUUGGCAUCAGUAAGGUCAAGUCUGCUGCGGUCAUCGCCUUCCGCUCCAGCUACCGUGACCGCUCCUUCUCCCCCGGGUCCUACGAGAGGGAGACCUUCGCCCUCUCCUCCCUGGAGACCGUCACUGAGGCCCUGCUGGAGAUCAUGGAGGCGUGCAUGAGGGACAUCCCAGCGUGCAAAUGGCUGGACCAAUGGACCGAGCUGGCUCAGAAGUUUGCGUUCCAGUACAACCCGUCCCUGCAGCCCAGAGCCCUGGUGGUGUUUGGCUGCAUCAGUAAGAGAGUGACCCACAGCCAGAUCAAACAGAUCAUCAGGAUCCUCAGCAAGGCCAGCCCCCUGCUCAGCAUAGACCGGGGGCUGGAGAGCUGCUUAAAGGGACCUGAUAACUACAACAGCCAGGUGUUGAUUGAGGCCACAGUCAUCGCUCUGACUAAGCUGCAGCCCCUGCUCAACAAGGACUCCCCCAUGCACAAGGCUGUGUUCUGGGUGGCUGUGGCUGUGCUGCAGCUGGAUGAACUCAACCUGUACUCUGCUGGAACGGCCCUGCUAGAGCAGAACCUGCACACUCUGGACAGCCUGAGAGUAUUCAACGACAAGAGUCCAGAGGAGGUGUUUAUGGAGAUCAGGCAUCCUCUGGAGUGGCAUUGUAAACAGAUGGACCACUUUGUGGGCCUCAACUUCAGCUCUAACUUCAACUUCGCACUGGUGGGACACCUGCUGAAAGGCUACAGACACCCGUCGCCCACAACGGUGGCUCGUACGGUGCGUAUCCUCCACACGCUGCUGGCCCUGGUGGGAAAACACCUCAACUGUGACAAGUUUGAGGUCAACAGCCAAAGCGUGGCCUACCUGGCAGCCUUGCUCACCGUGUCAGAGGAGGUGCGUAGUCGCUGCAGUCUAAAACACAGGAAGUCUCUGCUGCUGUCUGAGAUGGCCAUGGAGAACAUUCCCAUGGAUACCUACUCUCUGCACCACACUGACCCCAGCUGCAGGACACUGAGAGAGUGCCAGCUGUGGGCAUCUCCCAAGGUGUCAGAGCGCUAUCUGAAUGCCUACUACCCUACGGUGGGGCAGAUCAGCCCCCGUACACGCAAGUCCAUGAGCCUGGACAUGGGCCAGGCCUCCCAUGCCAACACCAAGAAGCUGCUGGGAACCAGGAAGAGUUUUGAUCACCUGAUAUCUGACUCCAAAGCACCAAAGAGACCAGAGACCGAGUCUGGCGUCACCACCCCGCCUAAGGUUAGGUGCGUGGCCGAGAACGACAAUGAGAUAGACAACCAAAGAAUGGGCCACUCCCACCUCCGCAAGAUGUCUGUGACCGAGUCCAAUGUCCUUUUGGACGAGGAGGUGCUGACUGACCCCAAAGUCCAGGCCCUGCUGCUCACUGUGCUGGCCACCCAGGUCAAGUACACCACAGAUGAUUUUAACCAGAGGAUCCUGUACGAGUAUCUAGCUGAAGCUAGCGUCGUCUUCCCAAAAGUCUUUCCCGUCGUCCACAACCUGCUGGACUCCAAGAUCAACACGCUGCUGUCUAUGUGCCAGGAUACCAACCUGCUGAACCCAGUGCAUGGCAUCGUUCAGAGUGUGAUCUACCAUGAAGAGUCUCCUCCACAAUACCAACCCUCCUAUCUACAGAGCUUCGGCUUCAAUGGACUUUGGAGGUUUGCCGGACCCUUCUCAAAGCAAACUCAGAUCCCAGACUACGCUGAGCUGAUUGUGAAGUUCCUGGAGGCCUUGAUUGACCGCUACCUGCCAGGUACAGAGGAGGAGAGGAGCGAGGAGCAGCUCCGUACCCCCACCUCCCCAUACCCCCCCGUCACCCAGAGCCAGCUCAGCAUCACCGCUAACCUCAACCUCUCCAACUCCAUGACCUCCCUGGCCACCUCGCAGCACUCUCCAGAGGAAGAUGGAGAUGUUGAAUUCAUUCAGGUCGUGGAUAAGGAGAAUGUGAAGCUCUCCCCCAGCGCAGCUCUCUCCACCAGUGGACGGAUCCGCCAUGGCUCUGCCAGUCAGGUGCAGAAACAGCGCAGCUCAGGCAGCUUCAAAAGGCCUAGCAUUAAGAAGAUAGUAUGAGAAAAAGAGCGAUGGAGAGAGUAAAAGCCAUUCAAAGGCCUUCUGGCCCACCAUGCCACACAUCUUCCUGCACUCCUCUUUUUACCCUUUUUGUUUCAUUGUUUUCAUGAUGGACGGUGGAUCAACCUGAGGAUCAGUGUUGUUUUGGGGAAGUAGCUGCGUUUGUCUCUGUGUUCCUUUGGUUGUCAGGCAUCUGGAGCAUUGCAACAUGAGAGGUUUGGAUGGGUGAAGUUACUUGCAUACAGAAAGUUGGGCCAAAAUGUUUUAAAUUUAGUUUUUGUUCAUUAAAAGGACUGAAACUGUCAUGGUGACUGAAAUAAUCCAUUCA